AUGGCUUCUAACAGCACUCAAUACCAAGGCGCCUGCAUCUGUAAAUCAAUCCAUAUUACGCUCCAAGGCGAACCAGUCAAAGCCAUGGCAUGUCACUGCAUCGAUUGUCAAAAGUCUGCUGGUGGUCCAUACCAAACUUGCGCCAUUUAUGACACCCAGAACAUGACAGUAGACGAUCCCUCCAACAAUCUCAAAAAGUACGUGUUUCCAAAAGAAACCGUUGGUAGUGGGCAUGAAAAACACAAGUUCUUUUGCGGUGCCUGUGGUACUCAUCUAUACAAUCAACCCAUGAAGCAUAAUGGCGAAAAGAGCGUCAUCAAGACUGGAUUUCUCGAUUCUGCUGAUGGACCUGGUGUCAACUUGUUCGAGCCAAUGGGUGAACUCUUUACUAAAGACAGAGCUUCUUUUGUUGCUCCCAUUCAAGGUGCAAAGCAAUUUGAGAGGGGUUUUUAA